AACCGCGGCUGUUGAGGAGCGCGCUGGAAGCGGAAGGACUGCGCUCCUUCUGGAGUGAUCAUGUCAAAUCUGGAACGGGCUUUGCUUCACGCCGCAUAACCCCAACUGAGCUCUCCCCACUUCCACAAACAGGGAUGUUGUCGCGCAGUCGGUUGCGAAGGUCGGUUCCAGCAGAACAGUGAGGACACCGCUCGUUUACCAUGAGCUGUUUGGAUGUUAUGUAUCCAGCCUAUGGACAUUACGCACCGUACGCACCGACUGCUCCCGCUUUUAUCAAUAGCUUACAGGCUCCUUCAGGUCUGAGCAGCUCUGCGCCCAACAGUCGGGAUUUUAUGGAACCUUCCAGCGUUCCCGAAGGGAUGUCUGGGGGCCCAGGCACUGGAGGAUCAACUUCCUCCUCAUCUUCGUCCAGUUCUUCUUCCUCCUCCUCUUACACACCUGCAGUACCGAGGCCAGCGGAGGGCCCCAAGGAGAAGCAGGAGGGCCCCGAGGCAGAGUACCUGACUUCUCGCUGUGUGCUCUUCACUUACUACCAUGGAGACAUCAGCAGCGUGGUGGACGAGCACUUCUCCAGGGCUCUCAGCUCCUACAUGGAUGGAGAGGGCAAACGGCGGGCGCCAGAGCAACAGGGCACAGAAACUUCUUCCUCUAACAGUCGGCGCAGCUUCCCCCCGUCUUUCUGGGACAGUAACUACACGUCACCUCAGAGUCGCCCCCACUGUGAGACCAGCGCCGCAGCUUAUUCCAUGGACCCGUACGCGUCGGCGCUGCAUCCAGGCCUGUCACACCCGCAUACUCACCCCCACCCACACGCCCACACUCAUCCCCACCCCCACCCACCGGAGGGCUGGGGGUACCCUCAGGCCCAAGCCUAUGGCCCCCCUCGACCUCUACAUGAACUGUACUCACCGUCGGCUCUGGAGUCUCACUACGGGGGUCUGCUCGUGCCCACUGUGAGACCACCUCAUCUUCCCACCUUGCCAAGCCACUAUGAAGUGGGCAAGCUGGAGCCCACCACCUCCUGGCCGAGCCUGCUGCCCCCUGGAGAUGUCAGCCAGACGCUGGCUCUCAACAUGGAUGCAGGUCUCCAGCAGCACAAGAAAGGCAAGGAGCUGUACUGGUUCUAACGAGCCCUUCAGUAACACUGACCUGCCAUUACCAGACCCAAUUAGUCCCUGGAUCUGCUCUGCUUUUCAAGCAUUGUGUCCUUUCACUCCCACCCCACACCCCACACAUUCACACACCACAUCCCCAUCCACCCCCUUCUUUCUGCCUUUAGCCUCCCCUGCCAGUACACGGCCUUGCUCCAGGUCGACAUGUGUGCACCAUGGAGAUAAAGAAGCGAGGGAACGAGGGAGAGAGGCCCAGCAUCUGAACUGGCUAUGGUGUGCACCAUCGUUGCUCCCUCUCCUCCAUCUCUGAAUCCAGUUGCUCUGGCAGGAUGAGGGCCACGGUGACCUGUUUGGAUUGGGAAACAGGAUCACAGCAGACUUUUGCAGCUGGGGGAGAAUAAAAAAGACAGAGGGGUACAGGGAUGAAUCACAGCGUGAAGGGAUUUCUUCCAACCUUCCUGGUUAUCUCAGUCUCAUGCUCUGUGUUGCUACAGUCAUUGUCAUUAUCCACUUAUCUGCAUUUCACAAAUGCAAUGUGCAGCAAUAUCCAAGAGCAGAAUUCAUGGAGGUUAGUGCUUUGUGACAGUCAUCACAAGGCCUUUAAAAAAAACAAAACAAAAAACAAACAAAACAAACAUUUCUUUUAAAAUAAAGUGUUUUUAUUUAUCAGUGUUAAUGUUUAUUUUUAAUAUGAUUGCUUGGCCAGUGUUCUGAGAUUCUUGUGGCUCAGUUGAUGUUUUUAAAAGUGGACAGUUAUAGAUCAGCCAGUGCAAUGUGGUUUUGGUGUAGUUUCUCAAGGAUAUUGUUUCAAAUGCUGUCAGAUCAUAUUUAUCCAUGAACACGCUGAGAGAAGGUAGUAUUUUUAAUAUGAAGAUGUUCCAUUUUAGUUCAAAAUUUCAGGGUUUUCUUUCCUUUUAUUGUGGUUUUGAAUUUGGACUUCUUGAGUAUUUUUGGGUUUUUCCGUGUGUGAAUUAUUUCUCAUUUUUGUGUCCCAGAAAAUUUUAUUGUCAAUAAAUAUUUUUAUGGUUAGUUA